ACUGUGAUUUUAUUAAUUUAUUUAAUCUGAUGUACCUAUUUUAUGUACGCUGGAAGUGUUUCUUAAAAAAAAAAGCAGAUAAGAUUAAGUAAUGUGAAGGAAAUUGAUCAGAUAAGUCAACUUUGCAAUCACGUAUCAACUCAGGUAUGCGAAAUCCUGGUUAAAAUAUAAAAAUGUUUGGUUGUGGGCGUAACAGAAUUAAAGAAGACGAUGCAGAAUAUGAACACGAUAGACGUUUCAAAAAAUCAACCAAACUGCUACUUUUGGGUACAGGUGAAUCUGGGAAAACUACAAUCAUUAAACAAAUGAAAAUUUUGCACAUUAAUGGAUUUUCAACUGAAGAAAAGAAACAGAAAAUUCCAUAUAUUAAGCAAAAUAUUCACGAAUCCAUCUACGAUAUUGUUAACAACAUGGAUAAAAUUGAUCCUACUGUAAAACUUGAGAAGAAUGAAAAUGAAGAAUGUGCGAAAUUUAUUUUAAAUUUGGGGCCAAAAGAACCUGAGGAAUACACUGAGGAAUAUUUCGAUUAUGUGAAGAGUCUUUGGGGCGAUCAAGGUGUGCAAAAAACGUUCGAGCGCUCAAAUGAAUAUCAGUUAAUAGAUAGUGCCCAACAUUUCUUAGAUCGUAUUGACGAAAUUAGAAAACCCGACUACAUCCCAUCAACUCAAGAUAUUCUGUUUUGCCGAAUUCGCACCACUUCUAUUUCAGAAAUUGAAUUCAGUGUCCCAGUACCCAAAAUGUACGGUGGCGGUAGUGCCAACUUUUUGAUGUACGAUGUAGGAGGCCAACGAGGAGAACGCCGAAAAUGGAUACAAGUAUUCGACGGAAUUGACGCUAUUUUAUUCAUAAUUGCGGCAAGUGAUUUUGAUCAAACUCUAAGAGAAGAUGAAUCGAAGAAUCGGCUUGAGGAAGCUUUGUCGGUUUUCAAAGAUAUGUGUGGAAGCCGGUUUUUGCGAAAAGCUGGAAUGAUUGUAUUUCUCAACAAACAAGACCUCUUUCAGAGAAAACUCGAGCAAGGAAGAAGAUUGGAAAAGUACUUUCCCGAGUACAAUAGUUUUAAUAAAACUUUCACCUCUGAUGUCGAUAAUGGAAAAGCUUUCUUAGGAGAGAAAAUAACACAAAUGUCGAAAACAGAAGUAACAGUAAAAAAUUAUAAUCCAAUUACAAAAACAGUGUCUGAAGAGAAAUUGCCUCCCAGAGACAUUUACAUUCACCAUACUAUCGCUACAGACACUCAAAAUGUUAAAAAAGUGUUUGAUAGUGUCCACGAAAUGAUAAUUAAGGAAAGAGUAAAAAACAUUGCAAGCUAUUAAUACAAAUUUAUGAAUUACAAUACAAUCUUACACAAUUAUUAAUUACUUAAGCAAAGACCACUUGAGUUGUUCUUUAGCUGACUGUAUUACCUACAAAUAAAUGUAUUCUGUUAUUAAA